UUUUCACAGAGACCUUCCUAGCUGUAAGUCAUGGUGAACGUUCCAAAGACAAAAAAAACUUACUGCAAAUCAAAGGAGUAUAAAAAGCACACCUUGCAUAAGGUGAGCCAGUACAAGAAGGGGAAGGAUAGUUUAGCUGCUCAAGGAAAGAGACGUUAUGAUCGCAAGCAAUCAGGUUAUGGUGGCCAGACCAAGCCCGUUUUCCACAAGAAGGCCAAAACAACCAAGAAGAUUGUGUUAAGGCUGCAAUGCCAGGCUUGCAAGCUUGUCUCCCAACACCUGCAAGCAUUUUGA